AUGUCAACUCUUUGGGCAAUGGCGAUCGUUGCUGGAAUAUCCAUAUUUGUGGUCAUUUCUUUGUCAAAAGUUGGACUCUUUCCACUAUAUGAGACCACAAUAUUGAAAAGGUGUUUCACUUUUGGAGAAUUGGCUGUUGUUGCUCAGGCGUUGACAUUACUAGCUAUGGAAUUAUGGGUCAUUUCCGUCAAUAAGCUUGUUCUACUCAAGAACCCGUAUUUCC